GGCUGUGCAGUAGGCGGAGAGAGAACCGCGGAGAGCGGGCAGAGUUAGAGCGGGAAUACCGGCGAUUAUUUGACAAAAAACGGACUUAAUUGAACCGAAGCCCGGGUUUAAUUUGAAGUCGUGAGUGUGAGGAUAUCGGACUGGUUCAGAGGCGGCGAAAGGAAGCGGGAAACCAUGGGCUUGACUGGGAAGAAAUUGGAGAAAGGCCCAGUGUGCUGGAGGAAGAGAGUGAAGUCUGUGUACAUGCGGCUCCGACAGCUGAAACGCUUCAGGAGAGCUGAUGAGGUGAAGAGUAUGUUCAACUCCAACAGACAGAAGAUUCUGGAGCGCACUGACAUUCUGAAUCAAGAGUGGAAACUGCGGCGAAUUCAGCCUGUGCAUAUCAUGACACCUGUGAGCUCCUUACGUGGAACAAGAGAGUGCACGGUUGACAGUGGCUUCGCAGAGUUCUCCAAACAAGUCAUUCCCCUCAAAACACUGAAUGCUGUAGCAUCUGUACCUGUGAUGUAUUCAUGGUCCCCACUCCAGCAAAAUUUUAUGGUUGAAGAUGAGACGGUUUUACACAACAUCCCUUACAUGGGAGAUGAAAUCCUAGACCAAGAUGGCACCUUUAUUGAAGAGCUUAUUAAGAACUAUGAUGGAAAAGUCCAUGGAGAUAGAGAAUGUGGCUUUAUAAAUGACGAGAUUUUCGUGGAGUUGGUGAAUGCGCUGAACCAGUACAGUGACAAUGAAGAUGAUGAUGAUGAAGAGGAUCAGCAUGAUUAUAAACUGGAAAAGAUGGACGUCUGUGAUGGGAAGGAUGAUGCUGAUGAUUCUCGCAAGGACCUUCUCAACUCCGAGAGUCGAGGCAACGACUGCUCUAAAAAGUUCCCCUCCGAUAAAAUCUUUGAAGCCAUCUCCUCCAUGUUCCCUGAUAAAGGUUCACCAGAAGAACUCAAAGAGAAGUAUAAAGAGCUCACUGAGCAGCAGCUCCCUGGAGCGCUCCCCCCUGAGUGCACCCCCAACAUUGACGGACCAAACGCUAAGUCAGUACAGAGAGAACAGAGCCUGCACUCUUUCCACACCCUCUUCUGUAGGCGCUGCUUCAAAUAUGACUGCUUCCUUCACCCUUUCCAUGCAACUCCAAAUACAUACAAACGAAAGAAUAUGGAGAACAUGGUGGACAGCAAACCGUGUGGCAUUGACUGCUAUAUGUAUCUGGUUCAGGAUGGCAUAGUGAGAGAGUACCCGGUGGGUGUCGUAGCCGAGCGAGCGAAGACUCCGCUGAAGCGUUCAGCCGGAAGACGCAGGGGCAGGAUCCCCAACAGCAGCAGUAGGCCGAGCACUCCCACCGUCAGCGCUGAGACGAAAGACACAGACAGCGACAGAGAGGGAGGCACAGACAGCAACGACUGCAAUGACAAAGACGACGAUGACAAGAAGGAUGAAACUACCAGCUCCUCAGAGGCGAAUUCACGCUGCCAGACUCCAGUGAAGCUGAAGGUGAGCUCAGAACCUCCUGAGAAUGUAGAUUGGAGUGGAGCUGAGGCUUCUCUCUUUAGAGUGCUUAUCGGCACUUACUACGACAACUUCUGCGCCAUCGCUCGACUCAUUGGCACAAAGACCUGCAGACAGGUGUAUGAAUUCAGGGUAAAGGAAUCCAGCAUCAUUGCACGUGCCCCUGCUGAAGAUGAAGACACACCUCCAAGGAAGAAGAAGCGGAAACAUAGAUUGUGGGCCACUCACUGUCGAAAGAUUCAGCUGAAGAAAGAUGGCUCCUCCAAUCACGUGUACAACUACCAACCAUGUGACCACCCUAGGCAGCCAUGUGACAGCUCCUGCCCUUGCGUCACUGCCCAAAACUUCUGUGAGAAAUUCUGUCAGUGCAGCUCAGAGUGUCAGAACCGGUUCCCAGGCUGCCGCUGUAAGGCCCAGUGCAACACCAAGCAGUGUCCGUGUUAUCUGGCUGUCCGUGAGUGUGACCCAGACCUGUGCCUCACCUGUGGAGCUGCAGAUCACUGGGACAGCAAAAAUGUCUCCUGCAAGAACUGCAGCAUCCAGAGAGGAGCAAAGAAGCACUUACUGUUGGCACCAUCUGAUGUAGCAGGAUGGGGCAUUUUUAUUAAAGAGCCAGUUCAGAAGAAUGAGUUCAUCUCUGAAUACUGUGGAGAGAUAAUCUCCCAGGAUGAGGCUGACCGCAGAGGCAAGGUCUAUGACAAAUACAUGUGCAGUUUCUUGUUUAAUCUGAACAAUGAUUUUGUUGUUGAUGCAACAAGGAAAGGCAACAAGAUCAGGUUUGCCAACCACUCUGUGAACCCCAACUGCUAUGCAAAAGUUAUGAUGGUUAAUGGGGAUCACAGAAUAGGCAUUUUUGCCAAAAGAGCCAUACAAACUGGGGAGGAGCUUUUCUUUGAUUACAGAUACAGUCAAGCAGAUGCUCUAAAGUAUGUGGGCAUUGAGCGUGAAAUGGAAAUUCCAUGAAGCCAUCUACCUCUGGAACAAAUGCCUUACACUCUUCAGGAAUUUUCACUCCACAUGCAUUUCCAAUACGUUUUCAUAUACUGGGUUUUAUAGGAUAAGGGUAUCUACUUGGAGAUUUUUAGCAAUUUUUUAGAUUUCAGCCUUU